AUGUUGCCCAAAACAGUCAGGUAUAUCAGUGAAAAGAAGCUCUUCAAGGAGUUCAUUAGAUCUCUUUCAAGGAGAAAAGACAACGUUUUAUUAGCUGAUGCGCUUAAUCUUUUGUCUCCCCUGAAGGCUGUCAAGAAUGAAAGCAGCUAUAAGCCCUCAUUAUUCAAUAAUUUGACCAAAGGACCGGCUCAAGAGCAGUAUGCUAACUUGGACCUUAUUGGAUUGAAUAUGGGAAAGAACCAUGACUCAUCAAGGUUCCUCAACGAUUUAUUGGCUGGUAUACGAUCUUCGAGCAUGGUGAAUAGAUCUACAUAUGAACUCUUGAGAAUGGAGCCCAAGGAGCUUUCGGGCUAUAUAAAAACAUUAACAGAUGAGAAUAAACUUAUCCAGAUAGCCGAAAUUAUUCAUAUUCAAAAUAGAAUGUCAUUUAAAUUGAUGAUGGACAUUUUAUUAAACAAAAAUUUAAAAAGUCUAGAUAUGCUACCCAUAAAUGCAACAGACAUAGAGUCCAAUGAAAAUCUUACUUGGGAGCCAAUUCAAUAUGUUCAAUUCAAUAUACUUUUAUUGAAAAAAUGGCAUGAUAUUAAACGGCCCUUAUUGAUUAUAAAAAAUCUCAAGAAACACUUUGAUGACACUUACUAUCCCUCAAUACAACGAAAUUUUCUUUCUCCCUUCUAUGAAAGGAUACUAUGGAAGUUUUAUUUCGAGUAUGUUAAGCAAUAUGACGAAAUACAUUACAUAAGAGAGCUUAACAGUAUUAAAUCCACUUUUUUGAUAUGGGAGAGCUCGACUACAAACAGCAUUCAAAUCAGUGAUAACUUGUUGGCAAACAAUACACUGCUCACUUUUCCUCAACGAAUCUUUUUCCGGGUCCAUUCGAGUGAUUUCUUUAGGCAAAAGAUUUAUGAAGAAUUACAAGUAAACGAACACUCUCCCUUGCUUUCUAAGUUGAAGAAGAUAUCUAUAAAGUUCAAAUUGUAUCAAUUUGAUGAUUCACUCAUAGGCUUCAAGAGAACGAAUUGCUACUCCUUAUUUAACUUGAUUGAAAAUUUGAUAAUGAGCGAGCUUCAAACUGUUAAGACUGUUGAUUCCGAAUUAAAUCUUAUCCUUAACGAGAUUAGGGAUUUUAAAAGAGCAGCGGUAAUGAAACUGGACGAUAGAGAUAGGCUUCAGAGCGAUUUGGAAGGAUAUUUCGUCAUGAACAAUGUUUGA